ACACUCCUGCCAAUCAUGGUCGGCCCCGCCUCUUUCCCCAGCACAGGAAACACCCCUCCAGAUCGCGGCCAGCCCGGGGCGGCUGCCGCCUCCCAUUGGUCCGCCGCGCUGCCCAUCCAACGUAGCCCCGCCUCCCCGCAGGGCGCUGCGAAGCCCGCCCCCUCCUCCGUGUUCCGCCCGCUGAUUGGCUCGCUGGCGAAGGACCGCCGUUUCCUAUUGGCUCUGCCGCUGCCAUUCUGGCGCGCGGCCCGGCGGGCUCGUCGCUGCCCCCUCGCCCCGCGCGCCGGGGCCCCGCCCGCCGCCGGCCGCGCCCCGCCCUCCGCGGAGUCACGUGAUGUUUUCGCCGCGGUGCCGCCGCCGCCGCCGCCCGUGAGUGCGAGUGGCCGGAGCGACCGGCGGGAGCGCGGACGGGCGAGGGGCGCCGGAGGCACCGCCCGCUUCCCAUGCGCGGGGCGCUUCCCCGGUGAGCGCGGAUUUCCGCUGCCCGCCCUGUGCCCCGUUCCCGGCCGCACCGGACCCUGCGUGACCCCUAAGAUGGCGAGCGGGAUGAAUGGCCCGGGCGGCGGCGGUGGUGGCGGCGACGGCGAGGAGGAGCCGGGCGCCCGGCACACGGGAGGCGGAGCCGCGCCCCAGCAGGAGCCCGGCGUGCUCGGCGCGGCGGCGGGCGAGGGGGAGCCGGCGGCGGGCGAGGGCGGGCGCUGCCCGUCCCCUCAGCCGCACCACCUGCUGCUGCUGCUGCGGCGCUCGCCCAGCGCCUCGCUGUGCCCGGCGCCCGAGGCCGCCCCCGCGCCGGGCCGGGCCGUUCCCUCGGCGGGCCGCGGCGGGCAGCCCCCCCCGGCGGGCCGCGGCGCCGGCGAGGACGUGAGGAAGUGUGGGUACCUGCGGAAGCAGAAGCACGGACACAAGCGCUACUUCGUCCUGCGGGCCGAGAGCCACCUGGCCCCCGCCCGUCUGGAGUACUAUGACAGUGAGAAGAAGUUCAAGAGCAGCCUGCGGGCGGCGGGGGCCGGCGGGGCGGCCGCGCUGUGCUGCCCCCCGCCCAAGCGGGUCAUUCCCCUGUACCAGUGCUUCACCGUGAGCCGCCGGGCCGACGCUAAGCACAAGCACAUCAUCGCCCUGUACACCAAGGACGAGUACUUCGCCAUGCUGGCCGAGAACGAAGCCGAGCAGGAGGCCUGGUACCAGGCCAUCAGCGAGCUCAUGAAUCAGAGCAAGAGGGGCUUCCUGGAGCAGGAGGACCAUGCCGAUCAGCAGGUGUACGAAGAUGAUGAGCACUACGGGGCUGCCCUGAGGCCCGGCACUGUGUUCAAGGAGGUGUGGCAGGUCAACGUGAAGCCCAAAGGCUUGGGACAAACAAAAAACCUCACUGGAGUGUAUAGGUUGUGCCUCUCAAGCAAGGCCAUCCACCUCGUCAAGCUGAACUCGGAGGUGCCCUCUGUUCACUUGCAGCUUAUGAACAUUCGCCGCUGUGGACACUCAGAGAACUUCUUCUUUAUCGAAGUGGGCAGAUCUGCCUCUAUUGGGCCUGGAGAACUCUGGAUGCAAGUGGAUGAUUCGGUUGUUGCCCAAAAUAUGCACGAGACUUUUCUGGAUACCAUGAAAGCUCUAAAGACCUUUGCAGAGUUCAGGCCCCGAAGCAAGAGCCAGUCUUCUGGUGGUGGCAGCGGUACCAAUCCCAUCUCCUUCAUCACCACCAGGAGGAACUUGGGCAACCUACCCCCCAGCCAGACAGGCUUGCAGAGAAGAUCUAGAACUGAGAGUGUUGCUGGAGGGACUCCUCCUACCACCAAAAGCAACAGCUCCUAUCGCUUCAGAACAUCCAGUGAAGGAGAAGGAACCAUGACGAGACCUUUUAGGUCAGUGACUGGGAGUCUGAUCCACCUGAAUACUGCAAGGAUGAAUUUGGGCCGGCAAGAAGGAAGUGGAAGGUAUGUGAGAGCUGCUUUCAGCUCGUCUUACCACACCAGGUCUGCUUCGCUGCCUGUUUCUCAUUUUCCCUCCACCACAAGUCCCAUCAGUGUUUCUUCCAGCAGUGGCCAUGGCUCUGCUUCGGACAUGCUGACCCGGCCUUCUAGCUCGUCUGUUUGUGGUUCCCCGAGUGAUGGGGGAUUUAUCUCUUCUGAUGAAUACGGCUCCAGCCCUGGAGAUUUCAGGUACUUUCGGGUGAGGAGUAAUACACCAGAUUCCCUGGGAAACACACCACCUAUCAGAGAGGAGAACUGUCUGAAUGAAUACAUGUCCAUGAGUAAGCAACAGGGAGAUGAUGGCUCAAGAGAUGAUUAUAUGGAGGCUGAAAAGUGUUUCAGGAAAAGAACUUACUCUCUAACAAAACCAACUUCUGUAGCAGUGCAGCAGAAGACGACACAAACUACAGCUUUGUUGGAUGAAGAUUCUGCAGGAAAUCACGGACGAUUACUUUACUCUGAAACACCAAAAUUGAAAGAUAACCAUGAAUUGGAGUACAGUGACACUAACCUUGAUUCCAUGUGUAACCAAAGUAGGAGUAAAGCCAGGGAUGAUGGGUACAUGCCGAUGAUGCCAGGAGUUGCAUCUUCUUUAUCCAGCACCAGUGAUUAUUUGCCAAUGACUCCUAAAAGCAUGUCCGUUCCAAAACAGAUUAACAAUUCAUGGUCACCAUCUCAGGUUGACUCCCGAGGCUAUAUGAUGAUGUUUCCAAAGGGCAGCUCUUCACCUGUACGGAGUCCUUUAACUGGAUUUGCUUCUAAAGGAAGUAACGAGAAGAUCGUAAACAACGAGUAUAUGGAUAUGUCACCUGGUAAUUCAGCUCCAAAGCACCCCAGUGAUUCAAAUUAUAUUCACACCACUUCUGUUUCCAAAGGUUUUAGUUCAUAUUUCUCUUUGCCUCGAAGCUUUAAGGCAUUAUCAGGACAAAAUGGUGACCACAGUGAAUAUGUUCCAAUGUCUUCACCUGGAAAACUCUUGUAUGGUGGACCAGAAAAUGUAAAGGGGGUCAGCAGUGAGACUCUGGCUAAUGGCAUCUCUAAAUUGCCGACACUGAAAGGUUCAGAUGAAGGACUUGUGCAGAACAGGGCUACCAGGCCCACACGACUGCCCCUAGGUACGAGAGGGAGUAAUACCAUCCCCAGAAUGUAUGAUCGAACAGUUCCACCUGAGCCAGCGAGUCCUGGUGAAUACAUAAAUAUUGAUUUUAAUGAAAAGGUGAGUAACACACCGUAUUCCUUAUCUGCAGAAGGAUCGCCAUCAUCUCUAGGCUCAAGUAGUGACCACAGACAGUCACCGCUCUCUGAUUACAUGAGUGUUGACUUGGAUGUGCAGUCACCGAAAGCAGUGAAGGAACUGUCGAACUCUCUAACAGAUAUUUCAAUUUAUGCAAGUUCCAGUAUUCCUAGAAAUCAACCAAACCCUGACUAUGCCAGGCUUUCAUUUGGUACUGCUUGUGUUAGCACAGCAAGUAACAGGACUGAUGACUACACUGAGAUGACAUUCAACAUGGCAGCAACACCACCAAGGCCAUUUGCCACUGAAUCUGAUAAUGGUGUAAAGAUGGAUAGUCCUUCUUCCAUCGUUAAUAGACUCUGCAUUGUUGAUCGAUAUGCUGGUAGCAGUAGCUUUUCUGUCCCUAGCUCUGAUCCUCCUAUGGGGCCGAAAGUGAUUCGAGCUGACCCUCAAGGCAGGAGGAGACACAGUUCUGAAACAUUCUCUUCUGCUGGGACUGUGACGACUUCAUCCUCCUUCUUUACUGACAGUAGCAAAAGACACAGCUCUGCCUCAUUUGACAACGUUUGGUUGAAACCGGAUGAAAACAUUUCUGAUUGUCAGGAAAGCAAAAUGUCCAGGGACACCUCAACUGGAUUUCAGAAUGGCUUGAACUACAUUGCUCUGAAUUUACGCAAUGACCCUCUAAGCUGUGAGGCGAGUACUACCGCGCCAGCUUGCCAUCUCCAAAAUGGUACUUCAGGUUUGGACAGUGGAGCUUACGUAAGCAUAGAUUUCAGCAGAUCAGAUGGGCUGAAGUGUAACGCUGCGAGAAAAGACUGACUGCAUUGCCAUGGAAACCAUUGUUGGAAGAGAAGACUUUUCUGCUGGUAACUCCAGAAACUGUGUGGUGCUUUUGGAAGCAAAGCUCAGCUCCAGCCGGCUACUUUCAUUUCCACCAGCACGGACAUAGACACACAUCCUUUUAAUUUUUUUUUUUCAUAGACAUCAGCUCUCUACAGUUGAAUUAAUUUGAAUUGAGAUUUUUUCAUAGCUGUGCUUUGGUGAUGGAAUUUGGUCUUUCAUGUCAUAUCUGUUUGGGAGGCAGUGUGAAUGCUAAUAGGAGAUCCCUGUAUGUCCCUUUCUUCUUGCUGCCUCUCUCGUUAAUUUAAAAAAAAAAAAAUUAUAUUCUGAGAAGUUAAAGCUGGUUUCUGAUUGUCUGUUUAACAUGGGAUUUACUUCUCUGGUACAUUAACAAGUGGUUAGCUUAAAACAUGUAUUGUUUAGAAAUACUUUGGCAGUUCAGGAUUUUUCCAGGUGACUGGGCAGAAGGAGGGAGGGAGAGGUGCACAUUAGCUUGAGGGGUGAACCUGUGGGACUGGAUGGGUCUGAGAAAAAGAGACCUCUUCUGCCUUUUUUUCCUUUUUUUUUUUUUUUUUUAAGUUUUGCUUUUAUGGUACAAGAGGUAUUUCUUGAGCAUAGGCUAGAGGCUUUUAAAUCAAGUGUCUGUCAGAGCUUAAACAGAAAUUUUUUUUGCUCAGAAUUUUGGUAUGUACAAAGUAGGAUUAAUGGGCUGGUUGUCUUGUAGAUUGUUUUUGUUCUUGUUUAUAAAUAUGAAUUGUGUGAAAUGAGGUUUUUGUUCAUGGAUUCGAAUGGAGAACUGCGGAGUCGUAUCCAAUGUUUGUGACUUCUGCAUUAGACUUGUCAGCUGUAGCUUUUUAAAGGGAAACCACCCUAAUUGAUCUUACUUUCAACCAAAGUCCCGCUUUAAAUUUGGGACUAUUUUUGUUCGUUCUUUCUGGCAUAAUGGGGGGAAAAAAGUAAAAUGUUGGCUUAUCAAUUGUCUUUAUCCCACUGACAGAAAUGUGAACAAUGACUAUUUGACAUUUUUAAGAUAAGCCCUGAUUUUUCUACAAUUUAAAUGCUUCACUCUUGUACUGAAUUUUUUUUUGGUUGAAAUAAGUUUAGCUUUUUAACACUGCUAUGAACUUAAAAGAGCAUGACACUAGUCAUUGGUACAUGCAAUGGAUUAUAAAAGGCACUGACAAUUGCUAAAAGGUUUCAAAGUGGUACACAAAUCCUCAUGCUGUACUGCACCACACAGCUGGGAAUCCUCCACAUGUGUAUUGUACAACGGAUGUGCCAGGCUGCCUCACCUCCAACAGACAACCUUUAGAUUGCUGGUACAGUUUGUGUAACAAAUCAGACACUGUCAGCUUGGAUUGUUCAGUGAUGUGUACCUGGAUCUACUUCUCAGUAGUAUUGAAAUGUACAUGUCACUAAAAUAUGAGGUGAUUGUUUUGGGGUUUUUUUAGGAAACACGGUACCAAUCAGUUUAUGCAGUGUUUAGUGACAGGAAAAACUAUUGCUACAGGGUUUAAAAGCACAGACCUGUUUUUGAUUCUGGAAGAGAAGUUUCAGUUGGUACAAUUACUUGCUGCUAAACACACAGGAAUUAAAAACAUGACCACUCUUACAGACCAUGAUACUGUCUUGCCAUAUAGCUGUUGGUUGGUCUCAUAAAUGAAUAAUGCAAUAUGUAGACAGCUUUUUAUAAAGCUUUACAUCUUUUCUAAGAAAUCAAAAUUUGGAUGAAGAUAGUUCUAAACAUUUAAUGUGAAAGGAAAAGGUUGUUUUGAAGAAAUUUGUUACAUACUUAUUUCAUAUUAGAUCCCUGAGGCUGCCAUUGUACAAUAUACAGCACUGAUUUAAUAUAUGCUGAAUAAAUAAGUAAAUGGGUAACCUCAAGUAUAGUGGUACAAGUACUAAUAGGUACGGCAUAAUAAAUAUGCAAUCUUUUUGAAUCUCUUAGUUUACAGCAACUAAUUUAUUCAGUAUUGUGCUGGAAGAACAUUUUCAGAUGAUGUAAAACAUAUCACUAUAUAUACUACCUUCCAGCUACCCGUUUAUGCUGCUGUAUAGUACAAAAAUACCAAUGAUAGAACAAUGUUUGUCCUGUAAAUUUAAUUUGAUAUUGGACAGUUAUUGUCUGUAAAAACUAAAACAUAUAUGGUUGAAACUGUUCAUUAUAUUUGCUAUUUCUGCUUCACAGAUCUGUUUUAAAGUUGAGCUGAUUGAUCUGGCUUUGUCUUCCAUUGUAAAUAUUGUUCUGUUGUUUUCUUUGUAAAACACAUCGCGUUUGCGGUUUUGGGAGACUGGCUUGAAGCUCUGUAUAGUGUUUAUAUUUAUCUGACUUGGCUUUCCAUAGAGCUACUUGCAGUAAAUACGUGUUCAUGUA